GCAUGUUGAACAUGUUUAACGACAGGCUAAAGAUAAUAGUUUAGUAUCUUAUGCAUAUAGGAUUAUUAGGCUAAUCAUACGAUUUAAGUGGACAAGCACAAGAUUAAUUAGUACCAAAUUCUCGAUUGGAUGUCACAAUACAAUUGUUACAUCGAAUAUGAAAAUUCUAUAUUAUUGUUUUUAAAUUAAUACUAUGACUUAUAGGAUCACAAAUUUGUAAUUUCAUUAAUUAGCCUUAACAAAUUUAUGGUUACAGUAGAAUAUAUGUAUUGUAAAGAAAAGAUGUUAAAGAAAUGUAGGAGCAUUUUAUUAAGAACUAUUGAGAUUCUUAAAGCCGCUUGAUUGCUAGAAUUUACCUCUAAAUAACCAUUAGGGUAUAUCUAGUUUCAAAAUUAAUACCCUAAACAACCUUCGACUGAAAAUUCAAAUCUUUUAAUUUGUAGUAAUUUCUUUAUUAACCUAAAAAGGAACCGUUGUGAUUAUAAUGGUAUAUAGGCAUUCUGAUUUCUUAAGAAGAAUUUAUAUUCCAAAUAAACUAUAAUAUCAUUUUUAGAUAAUCUUAAAACUUUGAGGGAUUUGCAGUUGAAAAAUGACUUAACAUUACUUUCCUUUCUGACAAAGAUUGCUCUAAAAAAAAUUAUCUCUAAUGGCAAGAUCCUUAUUGAUAGGUCGAAC